UUUGUCGCAGUGUGUUUUUGUAACUCAACAGAGAUGACCGUCGAACGAAUUGCAGCUUGUUAUGUAUUAUUUACAUUAUUUAAUUCUUUGGAUGCCGUCAGUAGUUUUUACUACUCUCUAAAUGACGGAAAUACAAUUCCAGCUGUGGCACUAGGUACCAGCUUAGGACAUUUGGCAGACGGUACAAGGGUGUUGCCAGUGAACCACUCGCUCGCACACGCAGUACAAUGGGCGCUAGAGGCCGGUUACAAGCACAUCGACACCGCUGCGUUGUACCGCGUCGAGGAUGAAGUCGGUCUUGGCGUACAAGACUAUAUUCGAGCCAAUAAUGUCAACAAAAGCGAUGUUUAUAUCACCACUAAAUUAUGGAACGACGCGCAUGAACGCGACGAUGUUAUACCAGCUCUGAGGAAGUCGUUAAAAGAAUUGCGUCUAGAUAAGGUUGAUCUGUAUCUAAUGCAUUAUCCAAUGGCGUACACGAAAAACGGUGAGAUCAGUGAUACUGACUACUUGGAGACUUGGAAAGGCUUGGAGGACGCUAAAGAUCAGGGUCUUACAGACUCUAUAGGCGUUUCGAAUUUCAACAUCACCCAAAUGACGAGAUUGUGGGAGAAUUCAAGAAUAAAGCCAGCUGUUUUACAAAUUGAGGUAAAUCCCACAAUUACAAAUGAUGAGCUAAUAAUUUGGUGCCAGGAGCAUGGAGUAGUUGUAAUGGCAUAUACACCAUUUGGUGCUAUACUUGGCCGCAAAAGUGUCGCCCCACCACCACGAGCUGACCACCCGGUGCUUGUGAACCUGGCUGCCAAGUACAAGAAAACUGUGCCGCAAAUAUUGCUAAGAUAUUUAUUGGAGCGUAAAUUGGUCGCAAUCCCAAGGUCUACGAACAAGGAACGUAUCAAAGAAAACAUCGACAUUUUAGACUUUUCACUUACAUCCGAGGAAGUUGAGGAGUUAUCGAGUUUUAACAAUAAUUACCGUCUAAGAACACCCGCUAAGUGGUAUACUCAUCCCCAUUUCCCGUUCGAGAAAAAAAACCUUACUGCGGAAGAAAUAGAGUACAUAAUAGCCCACAGUAAGGAUGAUUAAAAUACGGUAAAACGCUUCGAAGCCUUCUUUUAAAUUUGUAAGAAUUUAAUGGAUAAAAAGAUUUUUCGGCUGAUGGAUUAACUGAAAAGAUCCAUUAAGAAUUGUUUGUUAUUUAAAGUCGCAAAUCUCAUUUUCGAAAGAGAAAACAAAUGUAUGUACUUUUUGGAAAUAUUUUUCAAAAAAUCCUUACAUUUGUUUAUAUUUAAUAAGAACAAAAUAUUGAUUAUUUAUCAAUAAAUAUAUAGAAAAAUAUUGUUUAAUAGUGUAUAUUACAAGCGGGUACCGAUAGAUGGUAUUAAAUAAAUAUUUCACGUUCAUGAACCGCUCAAGUAAAAUAUUUGUUACUGAAUACAUAUAAUAUAAUCAAAAACAUCAUAUGUAUUGAUCAAUUUAUUAAAGUUAUAUAAACAA